CUUGUCUGUGCAUGUGUUUUCAUGCAUCAUUUGUGCAUCAUCAGUUGUGGUGCUGAUGCUGAGCAUACUGUGUGCAUGCGCCGAUGAACUCAUUGCAGAGAUUCCAUGCACACUGAAUAACUGCAACAUCAGACAGCGCAAAGACAAUUCUCCCCCUCUGUUGAUCGUCUCAUUUUCCUCCUCAUCUCGUCUGCUCCAGGCUGCUCCAUGAAAGGUAGGGCUGAUUUAUGGGCCGCUCUCCAGUGAGCCUGUCCAGACUGAAGCUGGGGAAGUUAAAGGUGGUGCGGCGACAGCUGCUGCAGCGGUAUGAGCACCAGCCAUUCGUCUCCUGUCUGGCCGGCCUCUACGGCUGCCAGUGGAGACGCUACCAGCGCGCCAAAGCCCAGCCGGGAGAAUGCUGCUGUAGUCGGUUGGAAUGUGGUAGCUUCGUGCUCCUCAUCAUAACAUUUUUUCUGACGCUGAUAUUCCUCUAUUUCUGGAGUGAGGCGCAGAACGACUACAAUGACUUUGACUGGUUUAAUUUUGGGAACUUUGGGUUCUGGUUCCCUUGGUCAGUGGUAUUGCUGGUGGUUGCUGCUGCCCUCUUUACCUAUAUCGCCCUCCUGCUGGUUCUAGCAGUGUGCCUUCUCUCUGAAGGACAGAGGCUGUACCUUCACUGGAGCCACAAGAUUGGUAUCCUGGUAACUCUGAUCUUCUCCAUCUGUGCCACAGCUAUGCUGACAGACUUAUGGAGCCAAGAAUGGACCACGCUGCUUAUUUCUUUUCAGGUCACAGCGCCCUUUCUGCAUGUGGGCGGAGUUUCACUAAUGGCACUUCUUUCUUGGCCAAUAGCCUUACAUUUCUUUCGCAUGAACAAGAGAGUGAGGCAGGUGGCUCUCCUGAGCCUGUAUUUGGCUGUUCUCUUCGCGCUGUAUUUGGUGCCUUUGGGCAUGUAUUCUCCCUGCAUCAAAGAGAAGGGCACAUUGGGGCCAGCACCUAUCCUCAUUGGACACAGAGGAGCGCCCAUGCUUGCACCCGAGAAUACCCAGCUAUCCUUUGAGAAGGCUAUAGAAUCGGGUGGAGAGGGAUUAGAGACUGAUGUCACAAUCAGUUAUGACGGUGUCCCAUUCCUGAUGCAUGACAGCACACUAAGGAGGACAACCAACGUGCAUGAAGUGUUUCCAAACAGAACAGAUGACUCAGCAGCCAUGUUUACCUGGGCAGAGCUGGAGAUGCUCAAUGCUGGAUCCUGGUUCCUCUGGAGGGAUCCUUUUGGGACAGUCUCCUCUCUUGAUGUAGAUGAGAGGGUUCAAGUCCAGAACCAGACAGUACUCACCCUGAAGGAGUUUCUCAACCUGGCUGCCCAACAUGGAAAUCUGGUGAUCUUUGACCUGAGACGUCCACCCCGAGGUCAUCCGUACAGGGACUCGUGGAUCACUCGCACCCUUGAGGUCCUACACAACGAGUCCUGUAUUAACUCUAGCCAGGUCUUGUGGCUGCCGGCGGACCAAAGGAGUGUGGUACAGGAGCUUGACCCAGAGCUACAGCAGACAUCUGGAGAUCACGCCCCCAUAGAGGAGCUACAGGAGGAACAUAUCGUCCGACUCAACCUCCAUUACAGUUACAUAUCACAGGAGCAGAUCAGAAAGUAUGCCUCAGUUAACAUCAGCACAAACUUGUAUGUGAUCAGUCAGCCAUGGCUGUACUCACUGGCCUGGUGCGCUGGCACUCAUUCAGUUACUACGAACGCUCUACAUGUCCUGAAGAAACUACAGCAUCCCCUGUUCCUCAUGACUCCAGAAGAGUACAAUUUGAUGUGGAUCCUGACAGAUAUUGUGUCUGCUUUCCUCAUCACUGCUGUUUUCAUAUUCCACUGGUGGCGUGAGAGAGGUUUGCCUUUCUGGUCUGGUAGUAGACAGGUGAAUGAGAACGGACCAUACAGCAAGUUCAGGACAGAAUCGUCUGAGGUGCAAGGCAUCCGUUGGAACCCACUGUUCUUUGAUGGGCCCUCACUGGCCCUGGACCCCGACCUCUCCCUGCAUGUCCCCCCUGUGCAUGGCUUCCCUGUGCCCAUCUGACCCCCUCCUCAUCACUCUCAUUACUGUUCUGAGACUGAGCCCAUAUAUUUCUCCUUCCACAUGCCUCCAUACGGCAGAGCUCAGUGAUGUCUGGUCCAUCUCGAGUGUCACCGUUCGAGAAGAAGCUCAGAGCUCGCCCGUCACACCAAACCUGCCCACCAUUUCAGAAGAGCCGCCCAUUUGAGACAGAGAUCUUUGGGAAAACAGCAGCAGAAAGGAAUGAAGACUGCUGACCGCAUGGCCAUCACCCGUCCAUUUGCAUAUGAGCUUUAAACUGCUGCAGAUGUGGACCAGAGCGUCAAUCCACAUAGCAUAACUGCAAAAGAACUGUAAAAAUUAUUAAUAAUAAAAGAUUUUUUCUUUUCUUUUUUAGUCUAGCCAUGACAAUAGUAAAACCUCAGUGGGUCAAACCUGGACAUACAUGUGCGACAGCUGUACUGAUAUACAGUACAUGGAUUCAUUUGAACAUAAAUGAGAAAUAUGCCCCUAAAUGUCUAUGAUGUUAUAGUCCUGACACCAUAGUGCUUUGAUAUAUACUACUAUAUCGUACUGAAUGAUUACUAUAUUAAUAUACCAUGGUAUUAUAAGGUAUUUCAAAACAUUACAUGGUAAAUGUCCAAAAAACCAUUGUAGUACUGUUUUUGUUAAAAAAUCAACUAAUGUAUUUUACCAGUUAUUCUCCAAAUUAGUGGCAUAUGACGAUGAAUCCAUCAUUCUGUUUGUUGCUUUAGAGUACUUCUGUUAUUAUGUGAAACAAAGGAACAGCUGAAUAUGCCUGUUUAAGGCCCCGAUGCAAAUAGCAAAGUAUUAAAUAUGGCAAAAGGAACUACUGCAUCUAUAAAGAUUUCAGACUUUCUCUGAACAUUUAAGAUGUCCGAUUCAUUGCAUGAUGUGAUUAUAUGUAAAAGUUUACUCACAAUCAGGAAGACAUAAGCCAAACAGACAAUCUGGAUUUGAAAGGUUUAGAUAUGAAUAUCUGAUGACAGAAUUGUUGACUGUAAUCACAGGUAAUUUCUGCAAGGACAUGCUUGUUCUCUAAAUGAAUCGACUUCUGAUCAAACAUGUUUUUUGUUAUUUAUUUGCAAGUGAAUAAUAAAUAUGAACAUAAAGCAUUUUUCAUAAUGCCAGGGUAAAACAGCAGCUCAAAUGUUUGCUGAUGCUCUUUCAUGCGUGAGCUCCUAAUCAUACAGCAUUUGCAUGUUAAAACAGUGAAGCACUGGACUGCAUACAUGGAAUGGUGAAGAAACAUCGCUGCCUGUAUAAAAUGCAAUGCAUAGUAUGAGUUCUACUUACUGAAUCUGUUUUAUGUAACUUAUAUGUUUGUAAAUAAAGUUUGAUCUCUUUUGUGUUACUCUACAUCUGCAGUUAGGACAUAAUAAUAAUAGAAAACAGCAGACUAAGUAUCACCAAAUUUUAUAAAAGUUUUUGCUAUUCCUGAGAAUGUCAGCACCAUAGUACCCAAUUUAAAGUCUCUUAAUUCUUAAACUGUAUUGUUGAACCCAUGUCAUAAUCCAUGUGAAUUAUGAAAAUAAAUGACAAACACUGUACAUUCUUACUAGAACAUCAGAUAUAAAAUUUGAUUUAUUACUAACAUGGUGCAUUUACAUAAAGGAGUGGCAAAAUGGCAAUAGUUUUAUCUGCUAUAUAGCACUUUUUAUCUGAUCAUAAAUUAAUUGCCACACAAAAAAACAACAACAGAUAUUUUCUGUAGUUCAGGUUAGUUAGGAUGUCACUAUAUGUUAGCCAAAUUUAGUGUUAAAGGACAUUUGUGGUCCAAAUAAAGGCCAUAAAUAAAGUUAGUAACCCUAUGAUGCUGUGCAUAUAUCAUAUUUGAUACGUCAUUUUCUAAAGCCUUGACAUCAUCAACAUGAUCAAAUCUGAAAAACCUAUUGGUCCGUGCUCUUCUGGAAGUAGAAGACCCUGUAAUAUCAUUUCCAAAAUGUCCGACUUCGUAUUACGAUGGUCAUGUCUUUUUGCUGCAAAGUUUUAUUUUAUUUUGAUAAAGCAACAGUACAGUGUGCAUUGUUACUGAUAUUUAGGGAUCCAAGCACUGAAGAUGCUGGAACCCUAUUGUGUCUGUACUGAUUUUCUUCUUCUUCUUAUUAUUCUUUUUCUGCCCUAAAAGCAUAUGGGCAGCCAAAACCAUAAGUCCUAGAGACACCAAAGUUGGCAGGAUGGUCCCAAAUACCCCCUUCUACUCAGGCGCAUACACACACACACCCAUCCGACACUAGGUGGCACUAUAAUAAGCACUUUUACAUUUUGGUCAAGUUAAAAUGAACAAAACAUAUAUCUCCUAUUUUAUUUCCGGUUAAAAACUUUUCGUAAAACCUACUUUCGUGAACUAGUCCAAGGCCGUGUGUCCAAUUUACUCUAAAAUUUGCACGUAUGAUCUAGGGACUGUCCUGACAAAAAGUUCUUUUUUUUUCUUUGGAUUUUUGAUUUGUUAAAUUGUUUCGAAGAUAUUAAUUAAUUAUUUGGGCAUGCCCCAAAUGUACUCAAUGGGCCAUAUCUUCUCAACACAAAGUCCAAACUUUACGAAACCUGGUAUAUGUUCAUACCAAAUCAUUUUGAGGAUACAUGCAAAGUUUCAUCCAUUUUCGCCACUAGGGGGCGCUACAGCUAAAAAAUACUUAAAACUCUGUAAUCGUAUGAGUGAAAAAGUUGAAAUUUGGCAUGGAUCAUCUUUGGGUCACGUGCUAACAUACCCUUACAAAAACUAUUAGGCAAGUGAACAAAAAUGGCCAAUCAAAUCAAAUUUCAGAAGCUAAUAACUUGCGUUACAAAUGGCCGAUCAUUAUUAAAUUUACGGUGCACUUACAGGUCACCAAACUGUAUACCAAAUUUGGUGAGAAUCAGCCUCAAGGUGGCGCUAUAAUGAGCUAAUUUUCAUUUUUGCUAAUAACUUCCGAAUUGUUAGGGCUAGAAUCAAAAUUAUUUUUCCUACUGAUUUCUUGAGUCAAGGCGAACAAAACAUACAGGUGCAUCUCAGUAAAUUAGAAUGUCGUGGAAAAGUUCAUUUAUUUCAGUAAUUCAACUCAAAUUGUGAAACUCGUGUAUUAAAUAAAUUCAGUGCACACAGACUGAAGUAGUUUAAGUCUUUGGUUCUUUUAAUUGUGAUGAUUUUGGCUCACAUUUAACAAAAACCCACCAAUUCACUAUCUCAAAAAAUUAGAAUACAUCAUAAGACCAAUAAAAAAAAACAUUUUUAGUGAAUUGUUGGCCUUCUGGAAAGUGUGUUCAUUUACUGUAUAUGUACUCAAUACUUGGUAGGGGCUCCUUUUGCUUUAAUUACUGCCUCAAUUCGGCGUGGCAUGGAGGUGAUCAGUUUGUGGCACUGCUGAGGUGGUAUGGAAGCCCAGGUUUCUUUGACAGUGGCCUUCAGCUCAUCUGCAUUUUUUGGUCUCUUGUUUCUCAUUUUCCUCUUGACAAUACCCCAUAGAUUCUCUAUGGGGUUCAGGUCUGGUGAGUUUGCUGGCCAGUCAAGCACACCAACACCAUGGUCAUUUAACCAACUUUUGGUGCUUUUGGCAGUGUGGGCAGGUGCCAAAUCCUGCUGGAAAAUGAAAUCAGCAUCUUUAAAAAGCUGGUCAGCAGAAGGAAGCAUGAAGUGCUCCAAAAUUUCUUGGUAAACGGGUGCAGUGACUUUGGUUUUCAAAAAACACAAUGGACCAACACCAGCAGAUGACAUUGCACCCCAAAUCAUCACAGACUGUGGAAACUUAACACUGGACUUCAAGCAACUUGGGCUAUGAGCUUCUCCACCCUUCCUCCAGACUCUAGGACCUUGGUUUCCAAAUGAAAUACAAAACUUGCUCUCAUCUGAAAAGAGGACUUUGGACCACUGGGCAACAGUCCAGUUCUUCUCCUUAGCCCAGGUAAGACGCCUCUGACAUUGUCUGUGGUUCAGUAGUGGCUUAACAAGAGGAAUACGACAACUGUAGCCAAAUUCCUUGAUACGUCUGUGUGUGGUGGCUCUUGAUGCCUUGACCCCAGCCUCAGUCCAUUCCUUGUGAAGUUCACAAAAUUCUUGAAUCGAUUUUGCUUGACAAUCCUCAUAAGGCUGCGGUUCUCUCGGUUGGUUGUGCAUCUUUUUCUUCCACACUUUUUCCUUCCACUCAACUUUCUGUUAACAUGCUUGGAUACAGCACUCUGUGAACAGCCAGCUUCUUUGGCAAUGAAUGUUUGUGGCUUACCCUCCUUGUGAAGGGUGUCAAUGAUUGUCUUCUGGACAACUGUCAGAUCAGCAGUCUUCCCCAUGAUUGUGUAGCCUAGUGAACCAAACUGAGAGACCAUUUUGAAGGCUCAGGAAACCUUUGCAGGUGUUUUGAGAUGAGUUAGCUG